AUGUAUUACUUCGCAUUUUUAUUUUGCACCUUCUUGGUGCCGCUCACACAAUCAUUCACUGUGGUUAACAAAGUCGAGGAUGAUUUCUCAAUCGAUGAUGAAACGGAUUACGAGGUGGUGCCUGUUCGUCACAUGCUUCAUAAACGGAGUAUCAAUGAAUUAACACUUCAUACCAAAAUAAAUGGUGUAGAGCGUGAAAUUUAUUUGCAACCUACGGAAGGUUUACUUGCAGGAACAGGGACGAAAGUUUUCAUAGCCAAAAGAGGUUCCCAAAGGAAUGUUGAUUUUAAAAUUAUACCAAAUAUCAUGCAGAACGUCUUUAUAAAUUUUUAUCAAGAUCAGAAAACUUCGUCAUCCAUUUCACACAGUAUUAAUAAACGUGGACUAUCCGAGUUUAAUGGAAUUAUUAAUGAAAACAUGGUAAUACGUCCAAUGCCUGAACAUCUUCGUAAACGUCGAGAUCUUUUGAAAAGCAAUACUUCAUCAUUUGAAAGUCUAGCCGAUGGUUUUAUUGAUACUACUGAACAUAUAAUUUAUAAACAAACAUUCAAUAAUGCUUCCGAAUUUUCUGCACCUACAAUGAACAAUGAUAGAUUUUUAAACAUGAAGAGUGUGUCACGAAGAUCUGUUGAUGAAUUACCGUACAUAGUGUAUCCAGAAAUUUUGGUUUUUGUUGACGAUUUACUAUUCAAAAAAUUCGAAUUUAAUGUGAUACGUGCAGUUGAAUACACUUUGAGUUUUUGGAAUGCUGUUGAUUUAAGAUAUAGAGAAUUUACAGAACCAAAGAUUCGUCUUAAUAUUGCUGGAAUUGUAUUUCUUGAGGAGCCAUUGCCAUUUAUAUAUGACGCAAAUGGCGUUUCUAACGGAGGAAAGGUAUCUGCAGAAUUAUUAUUAGAUGAAUUUAGUGAGUUUCUACAAAAAGAAAAAGUUAUACAACAAGAGAAAAAUUAUGAUAUUUCCAUGCUUGUAACUGGAAGAGAUGUGAUAGGCGCUUCCGGAAGUUCUGACGUAGUUGGUUUAGCCAAUGUCGAAGGAGUAUGUAAAAAUGGAAAAAAUUAUCCUGCAUACGUCUCUAGUGGAUUAACUGAAGAUAGAAAUGGUUACAAUGGAAUAAUUACUGCUGCUCACGAGUUAGCACAUAUCCUUGGUGCACAUCAUGAUGAGCCAGAAGCAUCAGAUAAUAUUAAUGCAGAUAGAAUUAAGGGUUGUAAAAAAGCGGAUGGAUAUAUGAUGACUCAUAAUCAUGAAACCAAAAACAAAAUUUUCUUCUCUCCUUGUUCGAAAGAGGCUAUUAAAAUUACCUUAAGCCAAAAUAUUGCACAAUGUGUUCGAAAUAAUCCAGCCGAAUAUAAAAAUAAUAAUCCACUGCCAAGAAUAUUGCCUGGUCAAUUAAUGUCUUUUAACGAACAAUGCAGAAACCGUGGCUUCAUAGAAUCUGGCUCAAAAACAACAUGUUUAGUUUUAUGGUGUGUCUAUGAAAAAGAAGGAGAAGAUAUUUACAGUCGAACAGAGCAUUUUCCUCCUGCUGAAGGUUCUUCUUGUGGCAAUGGAAAGUAUUGUUUAUCAGGAGAGUGUGUAGAUAUUGUUAAUACAGUUUCAAAAAAGCAAAAUCCAAAACCAGUACCGAAGAAAUCAUCGAAAAGUUCAACAAUGUUCGCCUCUCCGAAAAAGCCGGUCAUUCAAAAUGAACCAGUCGGAUCAUCAAAGCCAUUUUCUUCAAAAAAUCCAUUUCCUCCAAGUGUUAAACCAACGCAUACAAUAAGGGUAAAAUAA